AAUUAUGUCUUCACAAUUGUGAUUGGACUCAGAGGAUUGUGUCUAUGUGAGCACCUCAGGGACUCCCUGUGGCCCUGGGAACAGAGGCUGAUAUUCCAGAUGAGUAGUUCAGUCAUACUGCAACAGCCGCUCAUCAAGAGAUCCCAGCAGAAAAGGAGGACAUCUCCGGCCAACUUCAAGUCCAGGGUGUUCAUCCUCACUCACACCUCUCUCAACUACUAUGAGCACCGUAAUGGGAAAGUGCGGAAUCUUCGUGGUUUUGUUGAUGUGCCCCGAAUAAAAUGCGUAGAAAUUGUGACGACUGAUAUCAGCAUACCCUGCAGAAAUAAGUACGCCUUCCAGGUCCUCCAUGAUAAUUAUUUUCUGUACAUCUUCGCUCCAGACAGAGAGAGUCGCCAACAAUGGGUGCUAGCUCUGAAAGAAGUGACCAAGGAAAACCACUGUCUCAUACCCAAGUAUCAUCCUAACUUCUGGGCGGAGGGACGGUGGAGAUGUUGUUGCCAGACGGAAAAGAUGGCAGCUGGAUGUACUCUAUAUGACCCAACGUUUGGCUGGAAACCCCUGCCACCCACACCAGAUGACAACAGGAUAAGUCAGUUAGAGCCAGGCUGGGCACUGGCAUUAUAUGACUAUAUGACAGAAAACGCUGAAGAGCUGGUACUCCGCAGAGGGGAAGAGUAUCUGCCACUGGACACCUCGGAACCACACUGGUGGAAAGUGCAGGAUAAGAAUGGACAUGUUGGCUAUGCCCCAAGCGGCUAUCUAGCGAGACAGAGCGAAGACGGCCUCCUUACAUAUGAGUGGUAUAACAGGAACAUUGGCAGAAACCAAGCUGAAAAGCUUUUAAUUGAUAAGGGAAAGGAAGGUGCAUUCAUGGUUCGGGAUUCAAGGCAGCCUGGGAUGUACACAGUAUCUAUCUUCACAAAGUCUUUAGGUGACGGCAUUCCCACAGUGAAACAUUAUCACAUUCGGAAAACAAAUGAUUCGUCUCCGAAAUACUACCUGGCUGAGAAGUUUGUGUUCACCACUAUCCCCCAACUUAUUAAUUACCACCAGCACAAUUGUGCAGGUCUGGUGACGCGGCUCCGCUAUCCGGUGUGUUGCUGGAAGGAGAUGACCCCUAUUACAGCUGGACUGAGCUAUGGAAAAUGGGAAAUUGACCCAACACAUCUGACAUUCAUUCAAGAGAUUGGCAGUGGCCAGUUUGGGGUGGUAAAGCUGGCAUCUUGGCAAGGGUCAAAAAAAGUUGCAGUAAAGAUGAUCCGGGAAGGAAUGAUGUCAGAGGAAGACUUUGUGGAGGAAGCCCAGGUGUUAAUGAAGAUGUCCCAUCCCAAACUGGUACAACUACUGGGUGUUUAUACCCAACAAAUGCCCAUCUUCCUUGUGUUUGAGUACAUGGAGCAUGGCAGCCUGAUUGACCACCUACGCAGGAACCGGGGGACGCUGUCUCGGAGUAUAGCUUUGGGCAUGUGUCAGGAUGUCUGUGAGGGGAUGCAAUACCUGGAGACCUCUAAUUUCAUUCACCGAGAUCUGGCUGCUCGGAACUGUCUGGUUGGAGAGUCAUCGGUGGUUAAAGUAUCUGAUUUUGGCAUGACCAGGUUUGUCCUCGAUGACCAGUACACGAGUUCGGCAGGCACUAAAUUCCCUAUUAAAUGGUCAGCACCAGAAGUCUUUCGCUAUGCCCGCUACAGCAGCAAGUCAGAUGUGUGGGCUUUUGGAGUGCUGGUCUGGGAGAUAUUUAGUGAGGGAAAGACGCCCUUUGAACACCUUAGUAAUUCAGAUGCCGUGGAAGAAAUAUCAGCUGGACUGAGGCUCUUCAAACCCAAGCUGGCAUCAGAGAAGAUCUAUAAGCUCAUGAACAGCUGCUGGCAGGAGAUGCCAGAAAUGCGGCCGACUUUCUGCUGUUUGAUGAGAGAGAUCACAGAUAUAGUAGAGUCUGAAAUGUGACCUGAACGAAGGACAAGUUGUGGACAAGUUAAAUUCAGAAAUCAAAGGACACAUACUGUACAGAGUAAAAGGGCUAUCUUAUACCCCUUUUCCACUAGCUCAAAAAACACGGGUAAAUGCACGGGGGCGCGCAUUUACCCGUGUUUUUGGCAAGUGGAAAAGGGUAA